ACAGCUGAAGAAUCCAUUUCAGAUAAGUUUGUUGGUUCGAACUUUAUUGUCUCCCCAUCGCGCAUCAGACAACAACCAAAACAAAAGUGAUGAAAAAUUGAUAUAUUGAAGGAGACAUACACACGUGUAUCUUUGCUGUCUCACUCAAACUCCCAACCAGUAAAGAAGCAAUGUGCUCAACACAGCCAUUCUUAGGGUUAAGGUUCGGAUUAGCAUGUCCAUGAACCCCAAUGUGGUCUCAUCAAUCCAACAUCCUUAUUCUCCUUUCCUCUUCAACUCGAUCUCAAUCACAAUCACAAUCACAAUCACAAUGUCUCAUUCUCAGAAGACACUAUUGUCUAUGGUCAAUGAAAAAAGACCCAGAUUUAGAAUCAGCACUAUCACGAAAUCGACGCUGGAUAGUAAACAAUCAAAUCAAAAACAUAAUACUCCGUUAUCCCAACAACGAAAUCCCAAUCGAAACCCUCCAAAAGAAAUUCAAAACCCUAGAUCUUCAAGGUAAAGCCAACAAUUGGAUUUCAAAAUACCCUUCUUGUUUCGAACUUCACCAACGUAAUUGUUGUCUCACUAAACGCCUGAUGAAUCUCGUUCACGAAGAAGAGUCUCUCAAAGAUUCUCUUGAACCUGUCUUCGCUCAGCGACUCGCCAAACUCCUCAUGCUUUCCUUCAAUAAAACCCUAAACGUCAUCAAAAUCAACGAAAUUAAGAACAGUUUAGGGUUCCCUGAUGAUUAUUUGAUUAGAAUUGUGCCGAAAUAUCCCGAUUUGUUCCGAAUUGUUAAUGAGAGUGGGAGGAGGAGUUCAAUGGCGGUUGAAUUGCUUCAUUGGAACCCUAAUUUCGCUGUUUCUGCUGUUGAAGCUUCUGCGCUGAAAAACGGCGUGGAACCUAAUUUCUCGUGUUGUUUGCCUUCUAGUUGGGUGAAAUCGUUGGAAAAGUUUCGCGAUUUCGAAUCGGUUCCGUAUAUAUCGCCUUAUUCGGAUCCGAGAGUGUUGGUGGAAGGGUCAAAGGAGAUGGAAAAGAGGAAUGUAGGUUUGGUUCAUGAGUUGUUGUCGUUGACUCUUUGGAAAAAAGCUUCCAUUAUGAAAUUGGGUCAUUUUAGAAGAGAGUUUCUUUUGCCCGAUAAGUUGAAUGUGUUGUUGCUUAAGCACCCUGGGAUUUUCUAUGUUUCUAAUAAGUAUAGGAUUUAUACUGUUUUACUUAGAGAAGGUUAUGUUGGGUCUCAAUUAGUUGAUAAGGAUCCUCUUGUGGUUGUGAAGGAGAAAUUUGGGGAGCUGAUGCAGGAAGGACUUCAUGAGUAUAAUCAAAGGCGACGGCUUGUUAAUAUCGAAAAGAAGAGAAAUAAAGGUGUUCCUUUGACAAGGGUGGAUGAGGAUGUAAUGAAGGGCAGAAGAAGGAGAAGAAGUAGUGAAAAUUCUGAUCAAGAUGAUGACGGUGUUGUUGGUGGAGAAAAUAGUAGUAAUCUGGGAGGGUUGCUUGACCCUGAAGAAAGAAAACGGUUUUAUAAAGUUCUUUUUGAUGACGACGGUUCAUGAAUGAAGUUUUGCUCAGCCUAGGUGUGGUACAGAGUAUAGAUAGUAUUAUGCAUUUUUAUUUACAUAAUAAUAAUAAUGGUAAUUUAGAAAAAGAUGAUUGUAUUGCAUCCAAUUGUCCUCGGAAAUUGAAUUAGGCUUGUGUCAAUGAGGGAGAAUAAUCAUGAAACUUUCAUUCUUGGUAGAUCGGGAUAAGUAUAUUACUAUAUUAUUUGUUACUAAUUUGUUCUGCGUUGGAGGUUUAUAGAGAUUUAGGGGCAGAUUAGUUGGAGCCAUUCAAGGUAAUGGAGUUUUCCUAUGUUACAUUUUAGGCCAGGAAACAUUUAUCUGGUGGUGAGUGCCAUAUGAUUUGUAUUUACCUACACAAGACAGGAUAGUAAUGACCUGCAUCGCAGCAUGUAAGCAAUGUCCACAGUAAGGAACAUAAUGAAAAGACUAUUUCUUAAUCUGAAUUCUAUCAUGUAUUAAUUAAUUUUGAGCUACAAUUGCCAAUUUGUUAACGUUUCUUUCUUUUCUUGCAAUAGUUGUAAUAAAAAAUGUACUGUGCUUACCAUUGUCUAACCAGAGACUGCAUAAAAGGAGUCAAAGCCUAAAUUGCUCCUCCACUUAUAUUAUUAGUUAUACUACAAAUGCCUUAAAAUAUUAGCAACUGGCUAUAUGUUUAAUCCAUUUGUGCUCAAAUACUCUAUUUUCUUCCGUGAUGAAUUGAAAGAAUUGUCACUCAUGCCACAUAAUUGGGGUAUGGGUGCAUCAUGUAAAAGUUAGUCUGUUCCAUAUAAUUUUUCUUCACUCACUGAAGGUGUAAAAGUAAGAUUGGAACUCCAAUUUGUAUUCCUUCGCAAGAGUUCCUUGAUAUUGGUCGCAUUGCCUCCUUUGAAAAAUAACCAUAAACCGGUUGAUUAUGCUGAAGAAAGGACAGAAAGUGUCUAUUAAGAUUGUUGGCAGCAAUUCUGAGGAACAGCAGAAAAUGUUUAGGAGGCAUUUUGAGAUUGACGAUGAACUUGGAGAUCUAUUAAUAUUCUCAAAACUAAUUUUUGGGAUAAACUGUCUACGGAAGAAAAUAAGCUGGUGGUGAAAUUGAAGACUCUUUUCAAGAUACAAUGAACUUGAUCUGUGGGCACUUGGUAUUCAUUUCAGAAAAACAAGGUUUCAGUAAAAUGUUUGGUUCAAUCUCUAGCUUCGAAGGGUUUAUGCGAGGAUGUGGUUCGGUUCACCUUGUAGACCAAAGAUUUGACGCAAUGUUGCAGAUAAAAGGCGUUUUAUAGUGGCAGAGUGACUCGGACAAGAAACUCCCAUGCUCUUGCAGCUGGGAACCUCUGGCAAAAAAGGUUAACUGUCAAGGACCAAAAGGUCCAAAUUUUGUGAUUUACUAUACACAUGCAGUAUACAUGGAAGCGAAUAAGUUUAAUCUGCAUUUGUUUGCUGAGGGAAAAGCAAAUAUUCACAGGAGUAUCUAUCAUGUGACAAACUAAAUUGUUCACUUAAGGUUUCCGUAUUGUGUAUAAAAAUUUUCCAUUUGUUGCCGAGGCAUGAUGAUGUUUAUCGUGAGUUAUGCAUCUUUUGAUGGUCCCUGCCAAGCAUUUUGGUUGUGGAAACAGGCAUGAAUUUGUAUACUUUUUUUGAUAUGUAUUUGUUUGUUUAAUAAUUAGUAUUGAAACAGUUGUUAGUGAUGUUCUUAAUAUAUGAAAGCAAGCUUGAAGAUGAUUCGAUCA